ACUGUCUUCUGUUAGGCUAACUGGAGUCCCCCAACUUCGGCCAUCAUCAUCUCGGCGAGUUACUUGGAAUUUGGAGUACAAAAACCCAAACCCAUGGCCAUGGGAGCUCUUUCUCUUGUCCCUCUGUUCCUUGCAACUUCUUUACGUUCCCACCAUUUUCCUUCAAUUUCAACACAGACUCUUCUCGCGAACUUCGUUGCUACGUCACAAGUCGUUUCCUUGACUCCCAGAUGUACAAAAUUCCGCAGGAAAAAUGUCGUUUUUGGGAAGCAAUCAAACAACGCGAACGAGUCUCAGUUUUUAGACGAAAAUGGCGUCGUCGAUGAUAUGGAUGGAUAUUUAAAUUAUCUCUCUCUCGAAUAUGACUCCGUUUGGGAUACGAAACCUUCAUGGUGUCAACCAUGGACGAUAACACUGACAGGACUAUUACUGACUGCCUCUAGCUGGUUUGUUAUAAAGUCGAUAGCAGUGACUGCAGUAAUACUGUCCGUAAUAAUCUUAUGGUGGUACAUCUUUCUUUACUCAUAUCCGAAGGCUUAUUCUGAAAUGAUUGCGGAGCGAAGAAAAAAGGUUACAGAUGGAGACGAAGACACAUUUGGUGUGAGAAAGACUCAGUGAUUAAUGUAGAGAAUAGAUGUAUUUACCACCUGCUUCUCUCCUACUUUGUGCAUGCUUUUAUUUUUUCUCUUUUUGUAACUUUUCAGGGUUUUGGUAACUCUGUUUCAUCUAAAGGAGAAUAAGAAAGAAACAGGAAUAUUUUUCAUAA